AUGGUAAUGCAUGCGAGGAAACUUCAAAGGAUUAGUGAUGGGUAUUAUGACAAGAACCCGUCCCAUCAGUAUCAGAAUUCCAAAUAUUUAGUUUCAAAAAAUUCUAGCAGUGAUCAAAAGUAUGGCAGUGUUAGGGGAAAUGGUACCUCGUAUCCAAGUCCUAGCCGAGGAAGUCCAUCGCGAGAUCGAUCAUACUCUAGCAAAAGUUCAUAUCAUUCUCAAAAAAGUCACAGAGAUAAGGAGAGAGAUUCUCGAGACUAUAAAUCUAGGAAUAGUGAUAAAUAUUCUGAUUAUAGUAGGUCACCAAAAGAUAGACGAAGUAGAGAUGAAUAUAGAACAAACCACGAUCGGAUUAGUCCGGAAAAAAUGGUUGUUCAUUCUGUGAAGUGGUCAAAUUCUAGGGAUUCUAGAGAUUCUAGAGAAUCUGGUCAACGGAAAGUUGUUCAUAGCUCUUGUCAGAGUAGCAGCAGUAGUAGUAAUAACCGCGAAUCCAGGUCUGGUGGAAGUUCGACUGUCACUAAAGUUGGUGAUUGGUCUGAACACACAAGUUCUUCAGGCAAAAAAUACUAUUAUAAUUGUAAAACCGAAGUAUCCCAAUGGGAUCAGCCAAGAGAAUGGUUAGAAGCUUAUCCAGCAUCUCAACCUUCUCGAACACAAUACCACCAUGACAAACAUUCCAAUAACUCUAUGAUGAGAUCAUCAUCAAUGAGCAAUCAUGUGAACAAAGUUUCACAACAGUCCUCUCAACAACAAGUUAAUUCUACAAGUAGACCAACUCACCAUCAAAAAGAUGCUUAUUGGAAUCAAAUGCGAAGUAAUAAUCUUCCAAUAAAUGUCUCGCAAUCUCAUCAUGUGUCUGAGUGUAAUGUAGAUAGACUUGAACAAGAUGGACCAACAAUAAUCAAUUCCUGCGAUUCUUCGCAAACCCAAGAUAUGGAAUUGUGUAGUGGUGACAGCACUCCAACUUCGGAAAAGUCCUUUCAACUAUCAAAUGUACCUGCACAAAGGCACAGUUCUUCUACUCCUCAAUCACAAGUAAAGGGAGCUGAAGUUAACAGUGAACCAUGUGAAAGAACAAAUGUUGAUGUUGGAUCAACAACACCACCAAUAUCAAAUAUAACUCAAAAUUUAGUUGAUUCAUCAACAACCAAUAAUGUUACUGAACGAAGUCCACCCACUCCUGCAAGCACAGAGACUAAUAAUACCCAAGAAGUUAAAGGAAGUCCUAUAACAAGCCAUGCUGAACAAGUUGUCCAAGUCAACAAUGUAAUGAGUUACAGGCAACUUGGAACAACAACGUCUCCCGUCAUGUCAAACUUUGUACGUGAUGAUUUAACAUCACACGUUAAAUCAUGGCCAGCUGAUAUUUUAGCAAAACAGGCACAAAAAUUAAAUGAAGAAGCCCAUAUAUUAGGAAGUGUACACUGUUCACGAGUAUCUGCAGAACUCAAAUAUGCAAGAUCUAUUGUUCGUUUGACUGAAGUUCAAGCAUCCUUACUAGAACACAAGGUGUUAUUUUUACAGCAACAAAUUAAAACUUUAGAAAAAUUAAAAUCUGAAAAUUCAUUUAUGGGUGAAGGAGAUGAAGGAAGGACGACUUAA